CAGUUUGGUGUGCCGACACGUUCGUAUCGUUGUUGUUCCGUUGAAUCGAAACUCCGCCGACGUCGUCAACACCGUGCCGUGCCGUGUGUUUAAUUUUAUCAUUAAUUAUUAUUAUUUAUGCCGCCGUUGUGUACCUCAAUCGUAUUGAUUUUCCAAAAAAUCAGAUUUAGUGUUCAUAUGUGUUGAUAUUAAAAAUAUAUAAUAUAUAACACACGACUAGUGUGUGUGUGUAAUUUUUCGUUUAAUAAUUGUUAUUGUUUUAAGUUUUUAUAUAUUUUUUUUUUGUUUUUUAAUAUAUAUAUUUUGAAAACGUGAGCCACACAAAUCGCGGAAAAAUAAUAUAUCAAACCGGUUUUUCAUCGCCGGCUGAGUAGUUAAAAGUCAUCGAACUUGGUCGCGGAUUAGUUUUUUAUUAUUAUUGAUUAUCGUUGUUAUUGUUGGUUUUACGCAAAAAACAGACAUAAAUUUAGUAGUAGCCGUUUGCCGAAUAACAUACGACAAGCAAUUUUAGAGGAAAGAAAAACAUUCAGCAAUGAGGAGAAGGUAGCCGUCGCCACUAACCGUCGUCGUCUCCACUGCCGUCAUGCACAAGUAUCACCAACAGCACUACGACGACAGCAACCAUCACCACCACUAUCGCCGCUUCCACAACUACCUCAAUAAUCACCACCGAUGCUGUCUUGCCGCGGUGUUUCUGCUGCUGGCCGUCGCGAUCAUCAGCCCUGGACGAACCGAACACGUCGUACUUUUGGACACCACUACCGAACCCAGCCUACGAUGGACUACAUACCCUUACGGACCGGACGCUAACGCAGCAGGGUGGGUUGAAGAGAGUUAUAUAAACUUUGAAAAAGGCAUCAACUGGCGAUCAUACGUCGUAUGCGAUGUUACCAAGCAAAACGUCAAUAAUUGGGUGUGGACGCCUUUCAUUGAACGUGGGCUGGCCAAUCUCAUUUACAUCGAAGUCAAAUUUACCAUCCGGGACUGUUCGUUGUUCCCAGGGUAUGCGCUUUCGUGCAAAGAAACUUUCUCCUUGCUCUACUAUGAGUUUGACGUGGCCACCAGGGAACCUCCGCCAUGGGAACCUGACAGCUACAAAUCUGUUGGUCGCAUAGCUGCCGGUGAGGGGAGAUUCAAUGCUAAUAACGAAGUGGUGAUCAAUACUGAGACAAAAGCCGUGAAAGUUACCAAAAAAGGAGUGUACUUUGCCUUCAGGGACCAGGGUGCAUGCAUUUCCAUCAUGGCCGUCAAGGUAUAUUACAUCGUGUGCCCAGAAAUUGUGAUAAACUUUGCAAAUUUCUCUGCUACUCCAACUGCUAGAGAACUUACCCAAAUCGAACAUGCCACAGGCAAAUGUGUAGAUAAUGCUGAAGUGGUAGGAGGUGGUCCUCCAACUUACCUGUGCAAAGGAGACGGAAAGUGGUAUCUACCGUCAGGUGGAUGCAAAUGCAAAGCUGGUUUUGAGGCAGACAUAGAAGCACAAACUUGUAUAAUCUGUCCUCCGGGUAAAUACAAAUACGGCGUCGGGGAUGAUAAGUGUCAACCGUGUCCGGCACACAGCAAAGCGCCCGACCAGGGAAUGUCCGAGUGCAGGUGCAACACCGGAUACUACAGGUCGCCCAAGGAUCCGAAAUCGGUACCGUGCACGCAACCGCCCUCAGCACCGCAAAACUUGACAGUCAACUUUGUAGACCAGUCGACUGUGACCCUAUCGUGGAAUCCGCCGAACUUCCUCGGUGGUAGGACUGAUAUCGUGUACAGGGUAACGUGCGACAUGUGCGGUCCGUCCGUUGUGUUCAUGCCCAACAACGAGGUGUUCAAUGAUACCAAGAUAACGAUAAGUGGUCUGAGCCCAGUCACCACGUACAAAUUUCACGUGUGGGCUGAAAACGGUGUCAGUAACCUCACGUCGUCUGAGAACCGACAAUUUGUUGACAUAGCCGUGACCACUACGGAAGCUUCCGUGAAGUCCGCGUCUGUCAACAAUGUCCGCGUCAUGUUGGUCAAGGCGUCUGAGAUCACGUUAUCUUGGGACCCGCCCAUGGCCAGCUUCUUCGAUCCUGGCGAUGAUGAUGCUGCCGUUGAAGUGUACGAAGUUAAGUUCUAUCCCCGAGGUGACGAGUCGAAUGUCAGUAAUAAACUCACCGCUGACAGACACAUGGUUUUUACGGCACUUAGGCCGAAGACGGACUAUGGAUUCCAGGUGCGUGCGAAGACCGCUCAUGGUUGGGGCGAGUACAGCCCGACCAUUUACAAAACGACGGGGCAAUUGCUCGGAAGCGGUAAGAACACACAACAACAAGUCCAAAGAAAAAACGGGAUUAAAGAUGACACGGCUUAUAUUGGUGACGAAGACAACAUGGAAGUUCGGAUAAUCGCCGGUGCCACAGUCGCGGUAGUGGUCGUCUUAGUGGUCGUCAUCAUUAUGACGGUAUUGUUCUUGAGGAGCCGGAGCAAUGACGAAUGCAACAAAAAACAACCAAGCGAUUGUGACACGUUAGAAUACAGGAAUGGAGAAGUGCAUUGCAAUUUGGACAAUCCUCCCAUAGUUGCCACUCACACUAGCAGCAUGACCACGCCUUUAUUUACUCAAGUUGGCUCAACCACGUCUAGAUCGUACAUUGACCCGCAUACAUACGAAGACCCAAAUCAAGCAGUUAAAGAGUUCGCCAGAGAAAUUGACGCUUCAUAUAUCACUAUUGAAGCUAUAAUAGGUGGUGGAGAAUUUGGCGACGUGUGCCGGGGAAAAUUAAAAGUUCUCGGGUCUCCUUCCGUCGAAGUCGAUGUAGCCAUCAAAACUCUAAAACCUGGUAGUUCAGACAAAGCUCGCAACGAUUUCUUGACCGAAGCUUCAAUAAUGGGACAAUUUGAACACCCCAACGUGAUAUUCCUGCAAGGCGUCGUCACCCGAUCCAAUCCGGUGAUGAUUAUCACCGAAUACAUGGAAAACGGUUCAUUGGAUACGUUCCUGAGAGCCAACGACGGAAAGUUUCAAGUCUUACAGUUGGUUGGUAUGUUGCGAGGCAUCGCGUCCGGCAUGCAGUAUCUCAGCGAAAUGAAUUACGUGCACCGUGACUUAGCUGCACGCAAUGUACUAGUCAACGCUCAGCUGGUGUGUAAAAUAGCAGAUUUCGGUUUGAGCCGAGAGAUCGAGAGCACCACUGAAGGAGCAUACACAACAAGGUUUUCAAAUUUCCAGGGCGGUAAAAUACCGGUCCGGUGGACCGCACCCGAAGCCAUAGCAUUCCGCAAGUUUACCUCCGCAUCGGACGUAUGGUCGUUCGGCAUUGUCGUGUGGGAAGUGAUGUCGUACGGUGAACGUCCAUAUUGGAAUUGGAGUAACCAAGACGUGAUCAAGUCCAUCGAAAAGGGUUACCGGUUACCGGCGCCCAUGGACUGUCCAGAGACCAUUUACCAGUUAAUGUUGGAUUGCUGGCAAAAAGAGAGGACGCACCGACCGGUGUUUUUGUCUAUCGUAAAGACACUCGACAAACUUAUAAGGUGUCCGGACACACUCAGGCGGAUCGCUCAGAAUAGGUCCGUGAACCCGCUGAGCUCGGACGCGCCAGACAUGACCCAAUUCGGAUCGGUGAACGAGUGGCUGUGCUCGAUCAAGAUGGCCCGGUACUUGGACAACUUCGAACAGGCGGGCAUCGUGAGCCCGAAAGAGGUGGCCCGACUAACGGUAGCCGACCUGACGGCGCUGGGCAUCACACUGGUCGGUCACCAAAAGAAGAUCAUGAACAGUAUCCAGGCCAUGCGGGCGCAGUUCUCGGCCAACCUGUCCGAGGGCUUUCUCGUGUAAGCGAGUAAAAAACCAGACACGUUAGUGCGCAUCAUCGUAGAGAUGUCGGCUGUUGCGACCUUUGGUUCCUAUAUGAUAUUAUUGCAUAAUAUAAUAGUAUUGUAUCAAUGUAUAUAUUAUUAUGUGAAAUGUAUAUAUCCGGACGAACGAUGACACGCGUACUAUCAUGACGAUGACGACGGCACGUCGAGACUUAAUGUUAUAAUAAUAUAUAUAUAUUUUUCCUUAUUCAAUAUGAUCUAGACUGUACCUGUAUAUUAUCAUUAUUAUUAUUAAUUAUUACUUUAUAUAACUAUUAUACGUUAUCUUUAUAAGUACGCGUUUAACAUGUUUAUAUAUAAUAUAUUGUAUAUUUUUUCUCAAUGACUUACUAUAUAUUCAGCAAUAUAUUGUCUCUGUAAAUUAACUAGGUAUUGUAUACUCCCCCCACCAUUCCCUAUCCUAAAGUAUCACCGAUGCCAUCACACUCGUCUAUUUGUUCAAUGUACCGACUAACUGAGUUAUCAAAAAUACAUUUUUUUUUUAAACGUAAGCUAAUGCCCCUAUUUAUAUUGUGAAAUUUUGAUUAAUUUCGUAAUUAAUAUAUCUAAUAUGUUAUAAUUCGUAUAUAUUUUGUGCGUACGAUUUUCUGUUUUCAAUCGAACCGACUCUUUCAUCGAAUUGCACACGAGUUCAGUUUUAUAUUAUUGUACAUUUUUUUCAACCACCCUACUUACGUAUAUUUUUUUUCGCGUGUAUUUAAUGUUAAUUAUUUCAUGUACAUUAUGUAUAAACAAAAAGAAAGAUAAGUAAAUAAA